AUGCGCCGUGCUGGAUGGCUUGCGGUGGCACCGAUAGCCGCUGUGGUUGGCGGUACUCGUGUGUCCCAGGUACUUGCGUCGCCAUCGUGGACGUCGUCGUCGUACCAGUGCUCGCCCGUGUCAGCUCAGUGCCGCCUUCAUCACGCUGUCGGCCUCCUUGGACGCACGCGGAUUACCCGAUUUGAUCUGCGCAAGCACGAGAUGGAGAAACGGCGUCUUCGCGAGCUGGAGAAGGCCGGCAUCAACCCGACGGACGACGACGAUGCGCCGUGGAUCGCCCCCGAGGAGCAGCAGCGGUUGGAUGAGGAGGAGGAGAGGCGACGUGCCGAGAUGGAGGAACAGCGGCAAGCGUUUAUGAAGAAGCGUGCCGAGGAGGAUGCGGUGAAGCGGCAGAAGUUCAAGGAGUUCCGAGCGAAACAGAUUGCCAUGAGUCGACACCGCAAGGAGACCGCGGCAGAGAAGAAGGAGGAGGCGCGGCAGCACCGUCAGCAGACGAGCCGUGUCGAGGGUACUGAGGAGGUGAAUGCUGCAGCGGAUGGCGCCGAUGCCAACGGCGCAUCUCACCACGGCACGCAGUAG